AUGGAUAGUAAUUGGAAGAUUCAGAUAACUUCCUUUAAUUGUGGAAAGGCAUUUCCACACAAGGAGAGAGAUUCGAUUGAAGAUAUCUCCUACAAGUUAAUUGGUGAUGGUAUUGCUCAAGAUAUGUAUAUAUUUGGGUUUCAAGAGUUUACUAAGAUUUGGGAAGGUUCGUUUGGUAGAAUUGUUAACUCGUAUUUACAAGUGUUCGCCCUAAUAACUCUAAAUUUGUUACAUGAUAAAUAUCCUGAUAAGAGAUAUAAUAUCUCAGGGUUAGGAUCACUUGGAGCCAUUGGUAUUAUAAUAAUAGUUGAUGAUAUCAUAAGAGUGAACAGGACUAAAUAUGCGUACUGCAAAAAGGGUAUAUUAGGGAGCAGCUUGAAAGGAGCCGUUUCCACUACAAUAACUUGUAGUAAGAAUGAUAGGGAAGAGGAAACAUUCUCAUUUAUCUGCAGUCAUUUUAAUGCCAACGAAGGUGAAACCAAUAUGAAAUGUAGAAUUGACGAUUACAAUUGUAUUUUAACCGAAAUUGACUCCCAAUUAAGGUUGACAAAUUUCAGGAAUGGGCACAUUUUCUUCUUUGGAGAUUUGAAUUUCAGACUCAACAAGUUUAUCAACGGUAAUGAAAUCGAAUUUAAUAACGAUUUAAUCAGACAGAAACUACUAGAAAACCACGAUGAAUUAAAUCUGUUAAGAAAGGAUUCCAAAAUAUUUCAAGAGUUUGAAGAAGUACCAAUUAAAUUUCCACCUACAUACAAGUUUUUAAUUCCACAAGCUAAAGAACCCUUUCAAGAAAAUUACUAUAACCUGAAAAGAACCUCAUCAUGGUGUGACCGAAUCCUCUUUUUAAAAUAUGAGAACCCUCAAAUCACCAUUCAGACAGAUUACAAAUCAAUAAAAAGAACGAAAGAACUAGUAUUCACUGACCAUCAACCAGUGACAUUAAUGGUAAAUCUACCAAUUGGAACAACAACUAACAAAUUAAAAAUAUUAUCGACAUAUGAAGCAACUUUUACAAAAUCAGUACCAUUAAUAGGAAAUGUCACUGACUUCAUCAUAGGUUACACAGGAUGGUACAUAAACUUAGAAUGGUACUAUUUAUUACUGUCGCUUGUAAUCCUUUUCAUAAUUAUUAAAUUGUUAUAA